AUGGCGCCGUCGUCGCCGGCGGCGGCGGCGGUGGCGGCCGAGGGAGGCGAGCAGCAGAUCGUGGCGGCGGCGGCGGCGAAGAAGAAGAAGGGCGGCGGGAAGAGGGGCCGGCGCGAGAUGCGGCGGAUCGAGGACGCCACCAGCCGGCAGGUCACCUUCUCCAAGCGCCGCAGCGGGCUGCUCAAGAAGGCCUUCGAGCUGGGCGUCCUCUGCGACGCCGAGGUCGCCCUCAUCGUCUUCUCCCCCCGCGGCCGCCUCUACGAGUACGCCUCCGCGCCAGAUUUGCAGAAAACGAUUGAUCGCUACCUGAAUCACACAAAAGGGACAUCUGCCAAUGAGAAAACUGUUGAGCAACCAGCUGCUGGCGUUCAGAUGUGUAGAUCUGAAGCUACCGCCUUGAAGCACAAGAUAGACGCAAUUGAGGCCUACCAGAGGAAGCUAUCUGGAGAAGGAUUGGGGUCCUGUUCGGCCCAUGAGCUGCAAGAGCUGGAGCUGCAGCUGGAGAAGAGCCUAAGCUGCAUCCGGCAAAAGAAGCAACAGAAAAUGGUGGCUAAAAUCUCGGAGCUGAAGGAGAAGGAGAGAAAGCUGUUGACGGAGAACUCGGUGCUCCGCGAGGAGUACAAGGCGCUGCCUCUGCUCGAGCUGGCCACUGCUGCUGCUGCUGAAAGAUCGCCUGACGGCGCUGGAGCUGAAGAAGACGAGGAGGACGAGCGGCGGCGGCAUUACAUGGAAGUGGAGACCGAGCUGGUCAUUGGAAGGCCCGGGUCCUCUAGCUAG